AAAACUCCUUUUUCAAUUUCAGUGCUACAAAAUGUGGUCUAUGCUUAUGUUCAACUGUCACCUGACCACUCACCCAAAACAUUUGAGAUGUUAAGCAAUAAUUUGUCGCCCUCCAGCCAGAAAUUUCUUUACAGUGGUCAUCUGCAUAACGACAAUGACCUCAACGGCAUAGACUUCCAAUUGAUGAGUGACGACAGCCGAGAUAGCGAAGCGGUUGACAACAGAGGCAACCAAAACAAUGACUACGAAUGGCAAAUAGGAAGUGAAAGAGAAGAAACGGAGAGGCAAAAAUACACAAAAAUUUACGAAAAAGAUGUAGAAACGACAACGGAAAAGGAAUAUCUAUCAAACCAAAUAGUGCAAAAGGAUGAAGAACGCUUUGUACAGCAUAACCAUAAAAGCAAAACAAGCAACAACAAUAAUAACAAUAGCAACAGCAGCAGCAGUAACGAUAACAGCAACAACAACAACAAUAACAGCAGCAAUAAAACCGCAACAAAAAGUAGUCCCGAAAAACAAAUAAACCUAGUGAAUGACAAAGAAACGAUGACAACAAAGUCGAAUGCGGGCGUGACGGACACACAACCGCAGAUGCGGGUCAAAAAUGAUUUGCACAAUGUUGGCGGCGGCACAAAUGAAACGAACACAAUUCGCUCGAAGGCAAUAUCAAAAACUACAUCGACAACUGCAACACAAAAUACAAAACCAGCAGCUCUAUCGCUUGCCGGACGCAACACAAUUGCCAGCAGCAGCAAUAGCGCCACAACAGUAACAAGCUCGAGGACGAGUGCCGCACAACCAUCAGCAAACACAAAACUGUUUCAGCAGCCGAAUGGCUUUCUCAAUCCAUUCGGACAAUUAGUCGCCUUCUUUGGCAACGAUCAAUUGCAUCUGCAGGAUUAUACUUUCUUUUUCAAUGCCGAGCGCCAUACAGUAUUCCAAUUGCACACCAACGACGACAACAACAACAACAACACUAAUCAGAUUGCUAACAACAAUGCUAUGCCAACGUCCUUAGUUUCAACAGUGACGGCCAAUGGUGGGCGUGUAUUGAACGUAGUUGCGGACUCUAUCGGUGCAGUGUUUGGUGUAAAUACGCCAACGACAGGCACAACAGCUGCUACGACCGACACAGUUGCUGCAGCUUCUACAGCAGCAGCCACCGCCUCCAACUCCGCCACUCCCUUGUCACCCCAGAUCAAAGUCGAAGAGGUGCAGCUAUACAAUGGGAAAUCUUUGCGGCAGUCACGUUUCAAUCCCUUCAAUCCAACGCGCAUUCUCAUACACGGUUGGCUUGGUGGCGCCAAUGCGGGCGUCUAUCAAACGCUCGUGCCGGCUUAUCUUCGUCAAGGCAGUGGCAAUUACAACGUCUUCACCGUGGAUUGGAGCCGAGGUGCUGUAGCAGACUACCUUACGGCUAGUUAUCGCGUCAAACCAGUUGGCAAAGUAUUGGCGAAAUUCAUCGAUUUCUUGCAACGUGAAGCGGGCAUACGCUAUGAGGAUUUGCAUGUGAUCGGCUUCAGUAUGGGCGCACACAUUGCGGGCAUCGCAGGAAAGCACAUACAAACCGGCCGUUUGCCGGUGAUCUAUGCACUCGAUCCAGCGCUACCUUUCUUCCGCUACGAGAAUUUCGAUGAACGCAUCGCCAUCACCGAUGCUGAUUAUAUUGAGGUGGUGCACACGAGUGUCGGCUCGUAUGGUUACGAUCGGCCGCUGGGUCAUGUGGACUACUAUGUGAAUUACGGCAGCGCGCAACCGGGCUGCUUUCUCAACGAGUGCAGCCACAUUCGCGCCUUUCAAAUAUUCGCCGAGUCAUUGCUGGCGAAGGAGGCGUUUCGCGCGCAGGGCUGUGAUGUUAAGCUAUGGCCGGAUAUGAUUAAGCAUAGAAGGUGUUUGAUGGGUACAGGUAAAGAAAUGCUGCUGGGUGGCGAUCCAGCGAAUGUGACGGCGUUACGCGGACGUGGUGGCGUAUUUUACUUGGCGACAAAUGCAGGGCCGCCUUAUGCGAAGGAUGUCACAUGAGAGAGAGAGCGCAAAAAGGAACGGUGUUUAUUUGCUUAAUGUACGCUUGAUAGA